AUCCUUUCCCAGUCCUUUAUAACGGCUUCACAGGGCGGAUUCCAUGCACUGCGCCUCCAGUGUAUCUCCAUCUCCAACAUCCGUCCUUGCCACCCAUAUAUUACCAAAUACCACUUCGCUACGUGCAUUAGAGAAAGUCGGAAACCCCACAAAGAAGACAUUUUGUUAUUAUUUUUUGGGCUUAUUAUGGAUAUUCCUCCCGGCAGCUCCAGGAUGGAUGCAAGAAACGGUUCAGAUCUGGCCGCCGCGGAAGUCAACUCCUCCUCCGUCGCCGUGCCUUUGCUACUGAACCCUGCAUACGCCCGCACCAAGUCCAUCGUGCACGACGAGCUCCGCAACUUCCGCAUCUGCCUGAAAUGGUGCGCCCUCGACCACUCCUCUACCGGCGGCAGGGCCGCCUCCUACGCCGUCUUCGUGGCCCUCGCCGUCGUCCUUCCCGCCGCCACCUCCCUCUCCGUCCGUCCCCCUUCCUCUGCCGCCGCGUUCCACUUCAACCAGCUGGUCCAGCUCCCGGAGUCGGGCCUCGCCGCCAUCUCCUUCCUGACCCUCGCCGCCUUCUUCCGCCGGCACGGCCUCCGGCAGCUCCUCUUCCUGGACGGCGCCCUCCGCGACGAUUCCGCCUUCGUCCGCCGCGGCUACCACCGGGAGCUGGACCGCGCCUUCCGCCGCCUCGCCGCCAUCCUCCUGCCUUCCUUCUCCGUGGAGCUCGCCCACAAGAUCCUCUUCUUCUCCUCCGUCUCCGUGUCUGCCCGGCUCCCUUUCCGCGGGCCCGUCCCCUGGAACUCGGUGGCCUUCGUGGCCACACUGGCGUCCUGGGUGUACCGCACGGGGGUGUUCCUGCUCGUCUGCGUGCUCUUCCGCCUCACCUGCGAGCUCCAGAUCCUCCGCUUCGAGGGCCUGUACAAGAUGUUCGAAGACGACGAGGAGGAGAGAGCUGGUCGGAGGAGUGGUAACGCCUGGGCCAUAUUCAGGGAGCACCUGAGGAUAAAGAGGCAGCUGCUGGCGAUCAGCCACAGGUACCGCAUCUUCAUCAUCGGCUGCAUGGUCAUCAUCUCGGUCAGCCAGCUGGGGGCUCUCAUGCUCGUCUUGGCUUCCAAAUUCCAGAAGAACUUCUGCAACUCGGGUGACCUCCUGGUUUGUUCGGCGGUUCAGAUCAGUGGCUACUUCAUGUGCUUGAUGGGAGCCGCCAGUAUCACGCACAGAGCUCAGAGGGCCGUCUCGGUGGCCAGCCGAUGGCACGCGGUCAUGUCAUGCGCUCCCCGCCGCACGUCGGAUGCAUCGCAGCUGCAGAAGCAAACACGAGCACUGCCCAUAAAUGAGCUCCAUGCAUCAGAUCGUGACUAUGAAUGCAACCUAUCGAAAGAACCCAUCAUGUAUUCUUCCUCCCAUCAAGAUACUUCUUCCGAAAGCCGGCAAGCUUUGGUGACGUACUUGCAGCAUAACGGUGGCGGCAUCACGUUGUUUGGUUUCCCGCUGGACCGAGGAUUGCUUCACACACUCUUUGCCUUUGAAAUGACGCUGGUCUUGUGGAUCCUAAGCAAAGUAGUUGUGCUUUCCUGAUCUCUUCCAUUGCGUUGGGGAGAAGCUGCAAUUUGGGUUAAUGAGUAUGUACAAUAUAUAUGGAUGAGAAAAGAAAUAAUAUAUAUGUAUCGGGAUACAACAGAAAUUCUUAUAACUGGUUCUCAAAUAUCCGCUUUGGAUAUCAGAAGAUUUAUUUUGAGAAGUUUAGAACCUUGGCUUGGAGAAGCUGGUUGCCUGCACAAUACCGCUGCAUGCAUCCUAACUUGUCGUUGCAAAUAGUUAAAAAACGGAAAAGAGCUGUGAAACGGGGGUUCAGGGCUUUGAUGAACAACCCCUGCAUCGAUCUGUUCCCCUUUCACCUCCCACCAAACAAUGGCUAUGAGUUUUUGCCCGCUGAAAGGCCUGCAGGUAGCACAAGCACCAGGCUGCUCGGUCCUGGCUUGUUACAAGCAAGAUCAAAACCAGGAUGAACUCAACACGAGCUUAAUUACAAAUUUUCAACCUCAGUUUGUUUCAUCGAUCCGUUUAUUUUUGUGAGCCCAGACUGCUCCGGCGUGCCUCGUUUGUGAAACCAGCUUUAAAUAAGGAUUGAGCUUGGGUCAUUUCUUAAUUAGAUAAGCUUAAUCAAG